UAGGCCCAAUUAUCUAUUUUCUUUUCCCUUCCAAAUUCCAAUUCAACGCAGGCAACAAAUAUAUUGAAGCUCUUUCUACAUCGAAGAAAACCAAAAAAGAAAGAAGAAAAAUACAAUUAUGAAACUCUCGUUUUCAAUUCACGCAAAAUCAUCAUCAAAAUCUACUUCUAAACCUAAAUUUUCAGCUUCAGUCGAUGCCGAAACCCAAACUAAUGGAACUGAUAAGCAAUUCGUAACCGAAUUCGAUCCUUCGAAAACCCUAACCAAACAAAAUCGCAUCAUUAUUCCUCCUAAGGAAAACGAAUGGCGCCCUCACAAGAAAAUGAAGAACCUCGCUCUCCUUCCAUCUCUCCAAUCCACCGACCCCGACGCCUUACGUUUUGAGAUCGCCACCGACGCUGACGACGGCGAUGAUAAGAGCAUGUCCUACGGCCUCAAUGUCCGCGCCGCCGGUGAGGAUGAUGGAGGUAAAUCCCAGCAGCAGAAGAAACCGGAGAGUACGGAGAAUAUAAUGUUGGAGAAGUUGAGGUAUGAUUUAGAAAGGUUACCGGAGGAUCGAGGGUUUGAUGAGUUUAAGGACGUGCCGGUUGAAGGAUUUGGUGCGGCUUUGUUGGCUGGAUAUGGUUGGCGUGAAGGGAGAGGUAUUGGUAGAAAUGCUAAAGAAGAUGUUAAAGUCAAACAGUAUACUAAAAGAACUGAUAAGGAAGGUUUAGGCUUUGUUGCUAGUGUUGUUAGUAGUAAUAAUGUUAAGAAUAGAGACACCGUGCAAAAUGAUUUUAACAGUGUUAGUAAUAUUAAUAAUGUUAAGCAUAUAGACAACGGGCAAAAAGAGAGGAAAAGGGAGAGAGAUGGAAUUAAUAAUGGCGAUGGCUUUUUUGUUGGUAAAGAUGUAAGAGUGAUUGCAGGCGGAAGAGAGAUUUAUGGUUUAAAAGGUAGAAUUCUUGAGAGAUUAAAUGCUGAUUGGGUUAUUUUGAAGAUUGCAGAAAGUAAUGAUGAGGUGAAACUGCGUGUUUCUGAUAUUGCUGAUUUGGGUUCUAAAGAGGAAGACAAGUGUUUGAGGAAGUUGAAAGCUUUACAGUUAGAAGAUAAGAAAUCUAAAGAUAGGGAUAAUGGAAAGGGUGUUACCGAAUUAAGUAAAGAAAGAAGAGAAAGUGUGAGGAGAGAUGGUGGUCAGGUGAAAGAUGAGAAAAUGCGGUGGCUUAGGGAUCAUAUACGGGUUAGGGUUAUUAGUAAAGAUUUGAAAGGGGGUAGAUUUUAUUUGAAGAAAGGGGAGGUGGUGGAUGUGGUGGGUCCAUAUGUAUGUGAUAUAUCCAUGGAUGAGACUAAGGAGUUAGUACAAGGUGUAGAUCAAGACCUCCUUGAGACUGCAUUGCCACGUCGUGGGGGUCCUGUGCUUGUUCUCUAUGGGAAGCAUAAGGGGGCGUAUGGGAAUUUGGUUGAGAAGGAUUUGGACCGUGAAACUGGGGUUGUGCAAGAUUUUGACACUCGUGAGUUUCUCAAUGUGAAACUAGAACAGAUUGCAGAGUAUGUUGGGGAUCCCAGCUAUAUUGGGUAUUGAUGGGCUUGGAGUCUCUACAGUUCCUGCUGUCAAUAGCGAUAUUCAAGGACAUCUGGCAGCUGGACCUGAAUUACAGAAACACAGUGGAGAACUUUUGGUGUGAUUCUUACAGAAUAGAGUACAGUCCACACGUUUCUGAACUGAUAUCUAACAGCCAGCAUUCAGCAAAAUGCAGUGAUUUCAAUAUCUUGGUAGGAACAAUCCUGGACAUUUGCUGACAUUAAUCUUGAGCUCAACUCUUUGAAGAAGUUUGUGGAGCUUUAUUUCAGACCAAAAGUGAAAUUAUGUGCAUUGUAGCAAGCUUUUGUAAUUCUACACGGAUCAACAAUACAACAUUCAUUCUUAAUUGUACAAUUUGGUGUUGUCAUCCAGCUGUCAUCUUCCUUGCAUCCUGAUCAGCUCCAGGAAUCCCUGGCCACUUUAACAAAUAUGUUACAGGGGGUGUUAGCUUCAUCCUACGCUGAGGUCGAACCCAGGCCACAGAUGGACUUAAUGGUUAAGGUAUGUAGGUUCUCUUCUGUAUGUGAGAAAGGCAUAAGUUCAGAAAUUGAGAUGUCUGAAUGUGAAACUAGACUGUAUUAACUAAUUACAGUCUUGCUGUGCCCAUUGAAACACAAAACCCAACUGUGUAAACCGAGCUAGUCUCUGGUUCUUUUGGGUUUGAUAGAAGAUGCCAGGAAUCUUCUGGCAUAUUAAAGUAACUUGGGAUGGAGUUCUAUGAAAAUUUAUUUGGGAAAAACUGUUUUACAUGGUAAAAAAUGGCUUAGAGUUCAAUCUGGAGGUUUCUCAUCUUUUUCAAAUUCUUUGGUUAGAAGUGCCCGCUUACAUGGUUCAUUGAACUUGUCAUCCGAAUGGGCAAUCUCACACUGCAUUAAAAAUGAUGGGAAGAGAAAGAUUAGGUUUUAUUAGGAAAUCAGUGCUUCGGCCGAUGUACUAUGCAAAUUAACAUCCACUGUUCUAUAUUAUAGUGAUUAAUCAUCGGUGAAGAAGAACAUAAUACUAUUCGUAAAUUUAUAAACCCAAAUGAAAUGGUUUCUUUUUUCUCA